CGUUUUGUUUCUUUUUACCUGGCAACCAUCGUGGUUGUUGGGCCAGGAAGCUCCGCUUCCGGCGUGGGCCCGUCGGACCUCCGGCCCUCGGAGAUCCCCGGAACCCCCGGAACCCCCGGAACCCUGGUCUUCGCACUCUUCUGAACUCCUGCAUGAAUCGCUCCAGGCACUUACCCACCCCGCAGAGGCGGGGGGGGGGCUUUAAUAACUUGAGGUCCUCUGCUCCAGCCCAGAUAUCGGCCCCGCCUAAGCAGUUGACUGAGACUUUGGUUCCAUUCCUGGACACGGAUUCAAAUGGUGAGCUGCCCCCAGAGACAGAUCAGUAUCUGAAUGACAAGCCAACCCUGCACGAAAGGCUCUUACAAGUGGUUCCAGCGUUGGGUGAUGAGAAUCAGGCCAUAGUUCUGCCUCCUCCACUCAAAAGUAAGAUGAAAACUGGAGAUGAGCCAGAAGAUCACCAGUCAUUGGAAAUACUUGCUCCACCUCUGGACAGUCAGGGUUUAAACCAAAGAAAGUUUUUUGUUUCAUCCCCAAACCUGGACAAAGAUCUAGUUCAGCAUCGAAGGCUUGCCAAAGUUGUUAUUGGAACUCCAAACCAAUUUGCAAAUAAAGAGCUCCUAGAACAACUGCAGGACGAUUAUUCAGAUUCUGGUAUGGAUAUCAUAUACCCUGAGGAAAACCGACCAAUGGAUUUCCCAGGGGGACCAGAUCAACCCCCAGAGCUCCCUGAGGAGCUUGAAAUUUCUUCACUCCUGCAGGAGACCCCUGCAGGACCUCUCCAGUCCACUGUAGAGGAACCUGAACCUUUUGUGCCUGGAGUGGAGGCCCAGGCCAAGCAUCCAGAGUCCCCUGAAGAGACAGAAACACCUCCACUUCUUCAGGACGCUCUAUCUCAGCCUCCAGAGAUCCUUAAGGAAGCUGGAAAUUCUGUAAGCCCACAGGAGGCCCCAGCUGAACCUUCAAGUACCCCUGAAGUCCAACAGGAAGCCUCAGCUCAACCUACAGAGGCACCUGAGGAAGUAGAACCUUGGACCCCUCAGGAGGCCCCAGCUCAGCCACCAGAGGAGAAGGUACCACCUCAGGAGGUAAAUGUGCCAUCUCUGAGUCAGAAUGAAGCUCAGCGGCCAAAAUUACACAAUGUCACUGUUAAACCUGUAGAUUUGGCACUUACUGUAACUGUGACUCAGCCUCCACAGCACCCCAAGAAGGCUGAGCCUGCAAUCCUGCAAGAACAACCAGCUCAGCCACCAGAGCUGUCUUUGGGGGAGGUGGAACCUAUUCCAACCCAGCAGGAGCACCCAGCUCAACCUCUAGAGCAUCAUGAGGUGAAAGUUGCACCUCCAGGUCACCAUCAGGUUCAACAGUUAAACCUGCCCAAUAUCACUGUUAAACCUGCAGGCGUGCAGGUUACUGUAACACCAGAACCCACUACAGAGGUGGGACCUUUGCCAGUUCAACGUGAGUCUGUCACUCAGCCCUCUGUGCCCCUUAAUGUGGAACCUUUUGCAACCCAGCAUGAAGCCCCAACUCUGCCUCCACAGUCCCCUGAGGAGAAUGAACAUUUGCCAUUUCAACAGGAGACUCCAACUGAGUCCCCAGAAUCUCCCACACAGGAGAAACCUCCAACACAGCAGGAGACCCCUGUUCAGACCCCUGGAGAGGUUAAACCUUCCACAACCCAGCAGGACACCCUGGCUCAGGAUUCACAGGCUCCUGAGGAGGGUGAAUCACCUUCAACCCAGGAGGAGGCCCUGGCUCAACUUCCAGGGACUCAGGAAGAGAAGGAACCUUCUCCACCCCAGCAGGAGGCCCCUGCUGAGCUUCCACAAAUCCCUGAGGAGGGUGAACCUUCCUCAAUACAGGAGGAGAGCCAGGAUCAUCAUGCACAGACUCCUGAGAAAGCUAAACCUUCUUCAACCCAGCAGGAGGCCCCAACCCAGUAUCCACAGGCCUCUGAGGAGGGAGAACCAUCUCCAGCUCAGGAAGAGGCUCCCACUCAAUUUCCACAAAUUCAUGUGAAGAGUGGGUUUCCAGAACAACAUCCAGCCCCUGCUGAAAAUGUUGAACCUUAUCCAGAUCAGCAGGGAGUACCAACACAGACUGGAGAUCUUCCUGAAGAAACUGAACUUUCUCCAAGCCAGCAGUGGAGCUCAUCUCUGCCUCAGAUGCCUGUCGUAGGUGUAGAACCUUCUCCAGUCCAGCCUGAGCACCAGGCUCAGCCUCCAGAGUCCUCUACAGAUAUUGUAGCUCAGCCUCCAGUACAUCAUGAGGUGACAUCCUCCCGUCUAGGUCCUGGUGAAGCUCAGCAUCCAAUGUUGCCCAAUAUCACAGCAAAACCUGUAGAUCUGGAGGUUUUCAUAACUCCAGUGCCCACUAAGUUUGAACAUGCUCCAGGGCAGCAGGAGGCCUCUGCUCAAGCUCCAGUUCCCCCUGAGCAGGUUGAAUUUUCUCCAGCCCAGUCCGAGCUUCUUUUCCAGUCUCCAGAGACCCUUGAAGAUGAAUUUCCUCCAGGCCAACAAGAACUCAUAGUAAAGACUCCAGACCCUCCUAAGGAGAUGGAACCUACUUCAGCCCAACAGGAGGCCCCAGCUGAGCCAUCAGAGCCCCAUAAGGAGAUUGAACCAUCUUCAAAUGAGUACACAGUCUCAGCUCAUUCUCCAGGGCCCACUGAAGACGUCAAGCCUCCAACCCAACCAGAGGUUCCAGCUCAGCCUCCUGUUCCCCAGCAGGUCCCAGCUAUAUCUCCUGAGCCCCGACAGGAGGUAGAGCCUUCUGCCACACAACAGGAAUCCCCAGCCCAGUCUUUAGAACUUGCUGACAAAGUGGAACCUCUUCCAGUCUCUCAAAAGACCCCUUCUCAGCUUCUACAGUUUCCUGAGAAGGUGGAAUCCUCUCCAGUCCUGCAAGAAGCUCCAUCUCUACCUCUAGAGCCCCUUAAGGAGGUAGAACUUUCUCCAGCCCAACAGGUGGCACAGACUCAGCCUUCAGAGCUCCCUGAGAAGCUAGAGUCAUUUCCAAUUCUGCAGCAGGCUUCAACUCAGUCUCCAGAGCCCCAUCAAGAGUCAGAACCUUCUCCAGCUCAGCCUCCAGAGCCAUCUAAGGAGGUUGAACCACAACUUCCAGUCCAUAACGAGAUGACAGUUCCACCUCAAGGACAAGAUCAAGCUCAGCGUUCAAGCUUGCCCAGUGUCACUGCUAAACCUGUUGACUUGGAGUUUACUGUACCUCCAGAGCCUUCUACAACCCUGCAGCAGACUCUAGCUCCUCCAGAGGAUCCAGAGGUGACACUUCCACAUCCAGAACAUGUUGAGGCUCAGAGUCCAAAUUUGUCUGAAGUCACAGUUCAACCUUUAGAUCUGGAGCUUACCAUAACACCAGAACCCAUUACAGAGGUUGAAACUUCAACCAUGCAAGAGACUCCAGGUCCUCCUUUAGAGCCACCUGACGAGUCUGUAAUGCAGCCUCCCAUGUAUCGGGAGGUGACAGUUCCAACUCCAGGUCAGGAUCAAGCUCGGCAUCUAUUGUUACCCAAUGUAACGGUUCAGCCUUUGGACUUGGAGCUUACCCUAACUCCAGAACCCACCACAAAAGUUGAACAUUCUACAACCGUGAGUAAAACUACUGUUCCUCCAAAGGACAUGGAAGUGACAUUUGCACAUCAAGAGCAGGUUCAAGCUCAGCAUCCAAUCUUGACUGAAGUCACAGUUCAGCCUUUGGACCUGGGGCUUACCAUAACUUCAGAAUUCACUAAGGAGAUUGAACUUCCUCAACCUAUGCAGGAGACUCCAAUCCAGCUUCCAGAGCCACCUAAGGAGGUUACUGUAGCUCAAUCUCCAGUAUAUCAGGAGGAGACCAUUCCAACACCAGGUUGGGAUCAAAUUCAGCAUCCAUCAUCACCCAGUGUAACAGUUCAACCUUUGGACCUGGAGCUUACUGUAAGUCCAGAACCCACUACAGAAGUUGAACAUUCUACAGCCCUGAAAAAGACUAUAGCUCCUCCAAAAGACGUGGAGGUGACAUUUGCACAUCUCGAGCAGGUUCUGUCUCGCCGUCCAAACUUGACUAAGGUCACAGUUCAACCUUUGGACCUGGAACUUACCAUAACUCCAGCAUCCACUACAGAGAUUGAACCUUCUCCAACCAUGCCUCUAGAGCUGCCUAAGGAACUUGUAGCUCAACCUUCCAUAUAUCAAGAGGCAGCAGUUCCAACGUCAGCUCAGGAUCAAGCUCAGCACCUGUGGUCACCAAAUGUGACAACACAACCUUUGGCCCUAGAGCUUACCAUAAGUCCAAAACCCACUACAGAGGUUGAACAGUCUACAACUCUGCAUCAGACUACAGCUCCUCCAAAGGACCUUGAGGUGACAUUUCCACCAUCAGAGCAGGUUCAGGUUCAGCAUUCAACCUUAAAUAAAGUCAAAGUUAAACCUUUGGACUUGGGGCUUACCAUAACUCCAGAACCUACUACAGAGACCAAACCUUCUCCAACCAUGCAAGAGACCCCAACUCAGCCUCCAGACUUGGGGCUUACCAUUACUCCAGAACCUAUUACAGAGGCUAAACAUUCUGCAACCACGAAGAAGACUACAGCUCCUUCUCCAGCGGACCUUGAGGUGACACUUGCACAUCGAGAGCGUGUUCAGAGUCAACAGCCAAACCUGACUAAAGUCACUGUUCCACCUAUGGACUUGGAAAUUACUGUAAGUCACCAACCAGAGUCAUCUGAGUCGGUUCUCCCCCCAACGACUCAGCCCUCAGUGGUGCAUUUUGCAAAAUACUUCCCAGAAAAGGCAUAUACAACUUUCACUGAGCAGCCAGAACAGAGUGUUACCACAAAUGUCAACAUAUGUGAGCUCUGUACCUGCAAAGAUGAGACGCUAUCGUGUACUGGUUUCAGCCCAAAGCAGAGGCUCCGCAGAGUGCCUGUGCCAGAGCCCAACACGGACAACAACACCUUCACCAUCUUAAAUUUCCAAGGAAACGCUAUUUCUUACAUUGAGGAGAAUACAUGGAAGCCAUACCGUUGGACUGAGAAAUUAAUUCUCAGUGAAAAUUAUUUGACUGAAUUACAUAAGGACUCAUUUGAAGGCCUGCUAUCCCUACAGUAUUUGUAAGUUAAUUAA